GAAGCCUGAAGAGUAGGCCCUGUUUGAACACGUACCAUGGUUUCGGGCGAAGGUUGAGCAAAUGCAGAGUUGCAGUGUCAGCGAUUUUCAAAUCUGAUAAAAGUGAUAAUAAAGCUGUUGAUUCACCGGGAUUCGUUCUUUCUGCGCUUCGCAGCAGUUGCAGACAGAAGCAAUUUAUUUGUCAGCGACGACGAUACAGUGUGGAAACAAAACUAACAUGGCGCACGGACCCGUAGAAGUCAAAUAUACACAGAUCUUCAUUAACAAUGAGUUUGUCAACUCAGUGAGCGGAAAGACCUUCCCGACAAUCAACCCAUCCACGGGUAAGACGACAUGCGAUGUUCAGGAGGGAGAUAAGGCGGACGCUGACAAAGCAGUCCGUGCGGCCCAGGAUGCCUUCAAGCUGGGCUCGCCGUGGCGACGAAUGGACGCUACGGGCCGCGCACGACUGCUGAAUAAACUGGCGGACCUCAUCGAAAGAGACCGCGAUUACCUUGUGAACUUAGAGAUUAUGGACAACGGCAUGACAGUGAAGAACGCAACGGGUUCUGUUAUGGGUUGUGUCGGUUUCUUGCGUUAUGGGGCUGGCUACGCUGACAAACUUCACGGCAAGGUCGUACCUCUAGAUGGGGAUUUCUUCUGCUAUUCUCGCUACGAGCCGAUCGGCGUAGUGGCAGCCAUCACUCCCUGGAAUUUCCCCUGCCUGUUGACUGGGGCGAAGCUCUCAUGCGCCUUGACCGUGGGCAACACCAUCGUCGUCAAGCCGGCCGAACAGAGCCCGCUCACCAUUCUGUACAUCGCUGCACUCUCCAAAGAGGCUGGUUUUCCUCCCGGUGUUAUCAACGUAGUGCCCGGCUAUGGACCAACAGCCGGCGCAGGGUUGACUAGCAAUAUGGAUGUUGACAUGGUGACCUUCACUGGUUCAACCGAGGUUGGACGUAUCAUACAGCGAGCUGGAGCUGACAGCAAUCUGAAGAAGAUACAUCUGGAGCUGGGUGGCAAGAGCCCCAAUGUCGUCUUUGCAGACUGUGAUCUCGACUACGCAGUGGAGCUAAGUCACUGGGGCGUUUUCCUCCAUUCCGGUCAAGUGUGCUGUGCUGGCACCAGGACCUUUGUGCAGGAGGACAUCUAUGACGAGUUCGUCAAGAAGAGCCGAGAGAGAGCCCAAAGGCGGGUGGUGGGUGACCCGUAUGAUUUGAAGACCGAGGGUGGACCUCAGAUUGAUCAAGAUCAACUAGACAAGGUAUUGGAGCUGAUUGAAAGUGGCAAGAAAGAAGGAGCUACGCUCGAGUGUGGAGGAAAACGCUUGGGGGAGAAUGGAUACUUCGUAGAGAGCACCGUCUUCUCCGAUGUGAAAGAUGACAUGCGCAUUGCUCAGGAGGAGAUUUUUGGGCCUGUUCAGCAGAUUCUGAAAUUCAAAACCAUUGAGGAAGUAGUUGAGCGCGCCAACUCAACGACAUACGGUCUGGCUGGUGCAGUGUUCACUCGGGACAUCGACAAGGCCUUGGCUGUAGCUAAUACCAUAAGAGCCGGUCUUAUCUGGGUAAACAAUUACGGUACUUUCAGCCCCAUGGUUCCAUUCGGUGGAUACAAAAUGUCCGGCGUCGGCAGAGAAGGCGGUGAAGAUGGGUUCAAGGAAUAUUGUGAAGUCAAAACUGUCGUCAUCAAAGUGCCUGAGAAGAACUCUUAGAUGCUCUCAAGUUUUCCCCACAGAGCCUUGAUGUUUAUCCUCUUGAGAUUCUAUUAUCUUUAACCGCCAAAUUUAGCAAUUAAAUGUAUUCAGGUUAAGGCUAAAAAGAAGGGGGAGGAGAGGCGCUUAUAAGAUUUUCUUUUAUCUCGUUUCGUUUUCGGAAAGUGUACAAAAUCAAACAUUUGUUUUUCACUGAGCCCAAUGAAUUAGCAUCAUAAUAGUGGCAAGAAUGAGGAUAGUUUUCCUCGAAGGAUUAUGCUCAACUUCAAAAUCCAUUUAUUUGGAUGUACUGUUUGUGUCAUCCUUGAUGGACAGAAUAAAGAGGGUUAUAUGUGUGUUUUGGGUUUUUUUUUAGUUUCUGGGGCAGGAUGAGUGAAUACUUACGAGUUUUGGCCAAAAACCUUCCUCACAUUUUGACCAUCUUCAUAAAGUGCAAACCUGACUAAUUUGUAAUAUCCAAAGGCGGCAGUGACUUACACCUUACCAUUGCAAACGAACAUUUUUAGCAAAGGUGCACCUAUUGUACUGGAUAUCAAAAUAAAACAAAAUGGAGGGGAAACCGUAGGGCGAAACUUUGGCCAUUUGCUCAUCUUUUAAAUGGAGGAAAUAGAAAAAAGACAGUAUGCGUUUAUGUCCCCAGUAAAAAAUUAACAUGUUGGCUGCACCCCGUAUUCAUUAAAGUGUACUCCAUUGACUUCAUCUCUGUAAACAUCGCUGGUUCUGCUUUAAAUUUACGUGUUUUUUUAUUAAAUAGCUUUAGGGUUUGCUGUUGGAACUAAAAAUUUCACCUAAUUUUCGCACAUGCAGUUAUUGUAAUAUUGUUAUAAACACCAAGUUAAAUAAUAGGAUGAUUCAUUUGGAUAUAAUUAAUUACUGGUAAAUUUCUUAUGAAUAUCGCUCGUGUAUCCUCGUCCUUUCCAAUUGCAGUUGACAAAAAAUACAGUUUUUACUACAUUUAGCAUUUCUGCGCAAGAUGUUAUCAAAACUACACAAAAUAAAAAAAAUAACAAUAAAGAAAUGAAAACAAAAAAGUCUUUAAAGGUAUCAGACUUGAAAUGGUAAAACCUUGGACAACUGCAUAUGAUAUAAUAAUACUUUUAUAAAUAGAAUAACGUUACGUCAUGACAUCUGACUAACACUUAAGUAGAAACCUGACAGAGAUCAAUGUUUGGAUGGUUUAUUUAUACUCAUUUGUUUUAAUUCCUAUUUUUACUUCAUUUUUUCCUGUUGCUACUGUGGGUGUUUCGUGCUCAAGUUCUGCUUCUCUGUUCAUGAAUGUAAUGCCGAUUUAUUCGAGCAUGGCCUAGUCAUUCAGUGAUGUACUACACCGCUAACAUUUACCAUUGGCUAUAGAGGAUAAAGAUAUCAACCGCAGCUGUAACAAUCCAGCCUACCUGAUUGAUCCAGUAGAGUUCUUAAUUCGAAUAAAUUCAGCAGACGAAUAAACAGCUGAAAUAGGUAACAGAAAAAUUA